AUGUUCUCCACAUGGCUUGUGCACAUGGCAAUUUGGUGUUUGGUACAAGCAGUAACAGAAAAUUGCAAAAGAGGAGACAUGAUUGCUAGCACAGAUUCGGUAGUCCUUCCUGGAUCAAACAUUACCCUCUCGUGCCGGCUAAAACAGGGUGAACAAUGCAAGGAGCUAAUUUUCAAUAAUUCUGAAAUGGUCCUUGCAUAUGGAAGACACACAUUUAGUUGCAAAUGUAAAUCGAAUGGAAAAAUCAUCUGUGGAAUUGACAUCUAUGUUGGAAAUCCUCCAGACCAGCCAGGAAAUGUAUCCUGUAUUCAGUAUGGAAGAGAUGGGAACCUUACUUGCACUUGGGAUAAAGGAAGACUUACUCACAUAGACACUACCUAUGUGGUACAGCUAACAAAUGAGACAGAAUGCUUACGUUUUGCAGAAGAAAGUAUGAAUCCUAAAUACGGCUCACUGAAUCUGACCAAGCUGAAUUUUGAAUCCAAUUAUACAGCUGUAGUUGCUGCCUCAAAUAGACUAGGAAAUGCUUCUUCCCUACCCUUUACAUUCAUGUUGAUAGACAUAGUGAAACCUCAUUCUCCAACAGAUAUUUUAGUGAAAUUUGACAACGUUUCUGCAACAAAUUGCACUGUCUUGUGGCAGGAUCAACAACAGACACAAAGCUUUAGACUAAGAUACCGACCGGUUAACAGUCACUCCUGGAAUAUGGUUGAAACUUUAAAUUCUACAAGAUAUAAUCUACAUGAUCUGAAGCCACAUACAGAGUAUGAAUUUCAGGUUUGCUGCAAAUUUCACCCCAACAGAGGAAUGUGGAGUGACUGGAGCACAUUUCGAAUACAGACUCCAGAAGCAGUGCCAAGUGGGUUGUUAGAUGUCUGGUACAUAAUGCAAGAUAUGGACUCCCAAACACAGAAUAUCACUCUUUUUUGGAAGGUUAUGAGCAAGUCAGAAGCAAGAGGAAAGAUCCUGCAUUACACACUCACCUUUCAAGCACUAAACCAGAAGAGUCCUAGAACGACAGAUGUGAACAUUACCACACAAACCCACUUCACUAGAGUCCUCCCCAAGGUGGAUUAUAACAUAAUGAUCUAUGCUCAUAAUUCAAAAGGAAACUCAUCUCCAACGUCCAUCAUUACUGAUCUGAGUAUUUUAGAUUUACCUCCUCCGCAGAGCAUCUCUGUUACACCAAUGGGGAAUAACAGCAUCUUUGUCAUUUGGGCGCCUCCCAUUGAAUCUGCAGCCUUCAAUGGAUAUAUAGUGGAAUGGGCAGAGACAUGUAGCCCUGAACCCCAUCUGAACUGGAUAAAAUUUCCAGCAUCCAAUUUGUCCACAAUAAUAUCAGAGAACAUAAAGCAUGAUGUAUGCUAUGACAUCAACGUAUUUGCACUUUAUAGGAACAGAGCUGGACAAGUGGCUUCAGCUAGAGGAUACUCGAAACAGGAAGCACCAUCAGCUGGCCCCCAGGUUUAUGCAGCAGUAAAAGGAGAUGGUGUUUGGGUUUCAUGGGAAGAAAUCCCAGGCCACCAGCAAAUGGGCUGUAUCACUAGCUACAAUAUAUAUUUGCAGAAGAAAAACUCAGAGGAAGGCCCUAAAGUUUAUGUCAUCCAUAAAGAGACUUCCAGAAAUUCAUUUUUAAUCAAAAACCUGCAGCAUGGUGUGAACUACGUUUUGUGGAUGACAGCUUCAACCAUGGCUGGAGAAAGCCCUAUAGGGAACGAGGAACUGGUUUACCUAGAAAGUGCUUCUGAAUGGAUUAUUGUUUCGGCUGCUUGCAUCUUCUUCGGUAUUUCAGCCUGCAUUUGCUUUGUGCAAUCUGUUCAAAAAGCAUUAUGCUCACUCCUUUCUGUCCUUGUACCUCAAUGGUACAGAAAAACCAUUCCAGACCCAGCUAACUCGACAUGGGCUAAAAAGUACUCCUCUGUAGAGAAUGAGCUGAACUUAGAUUCCAAUCAGUUCCCAAGCUACUUCAGCAGUUUUGAAGAGCCUGAAACUAUAGAAGUAGAGGAAGUCUUCAUACAAAGGGAACCAGUGGCUUUCAAGGACAUACCCAUCUUCAACAACAUUAAAAACAGUGAAGGUCAUGAUUGGCAAACAAUAGAAAACAGCUUUGAGAAACGGGAAUCCACUGAAAAGAACUCUGAGUACAAACCUUUGGCCCCCAGCACACCAGAUGAUGGAGACAAUUAUAAGUGUCACCUGCCUUACUUGUACAAAAAAGUAGUACUGGAGGGAACAGAGCAAAUUCAAACUGUUUCUGAGUACCUUACUAAUCCACUUACAGACAUGACUGUGAACUAUUUGCCUUCAAACAUAUUGUCUCCCAUUAUGGACACGAAUGAAGAAAGCAAUGAAUUUGAAUGCAAAUCCUUCUCCAUUUUCCCAACAACUCCUCUUCUGAUGCCAAUGUUUUCUUGUGGAGGGAAACUUACUUUGGAUGCAGUAAAAAUUGACUGCAAUUCUUUCACAGACUAAGCAGUCCAGCUUGUAUGUCUGUUUUUUUUUUGUUUGUUUUUUGUAUUCUGGCCAGGUUCUGUGCACUUUAGUCAAAUGAACAAAUCACAAAAUUGUUUUUAGUUUGAUAGUACCAACUCAUCCACUUCAUGUAAUUUAAAGGAAAGGUGUAAAAUCUAAACAACAUACACAUGGUUAGAGUUGUGUUUUGUGUCUUACUUUGUAAGAUAGUACAUGUUUUGCACCUCUUUCUUGUGUGGAUCUUAUGAGAACCUGCUCUUGAGGUAGGCGACAUGUUCAUAAGAUAGAAGUUGAGAGUUCUUACAGCAGAGCAUAUUUAUAUAUUAACUGCCAAAAGUUCCAUUUUAAGGUAGAGCAGAGGUUCUCUAACUGG